AUGGCCACCAAACCAACCAGCAGCCUCAUGGCCACCAAAACAACCAGCAGUCUCAUAGCCACCAAACCAACCAGCAGCCUCAUGGCCACCAAACCAACCAACAGCCUCAUGGCCACCAAACCAACCAACAGCCUCAUGGCCACCAAACCAACCAGCAGCCUCAUGGCCACCAAACCAACCAGCAGCCUCAUGGCCACCAAACCAACCAGCAGCCUCAAGGCCACCAAACCAACCAGCAGCCUCAAGACCACCAAACCAACCAGCAGCCUCACGACCACCAAACCAACCAGCAGCCUCAUGGCCCACCAAACCAACCAGCAGCUCAUGGCCAACCAAACCAACCGCAGCCUCAUGCAGCCUCAUGGCCACCAAACCAACCAGCAGCCUCAUGGCCACCAAACCAACCAGCCAGCCUCAUGGCCACCAAACCAACCAGCAGCAUCAUUGGCCACCAAACCAACCAGCAGCAUCAUGGCCACCAAACCAACCAGCAGCCUCAUGGCCACCAACCAACAAGAGCUCAUGGCCACCAAAAACCAGCAGCCUCGUGGCCACCAAACCAACCAGCAGCCUCGUGGCCACCAAACCAACCAGCAGCCUCGUGGCCACCAAACCAACCAGCAUUGCCAUGGCCACCAAACCAACCAGCAUGUCAUGGCACCAAACCAACCAGCAUGUCAUGGCCACCAAACCAACCAGCCAGCCUCACGGCCACAAACCAACCAGCAGCCUCACGGCCACCAAACCAACCAGCAGCCUCACGGCCACCAAACCAACAGCAGCCUCAUGGCCACCAAACCAACCAGCAGCCUCACGGCCACCAAACCAACCAGCAGCCCCACGGCCACCAAACCAACCAGCAGCCGUCACGGCCACCAAACCAACCAGCAUUGA